AUGGCUUCAAAAAACUCGAUCAAUAAGCCAAAAGGCAAGAUCCAUGCCGCUGCCCAUUCCAAGCGUCUCAACCAAAAGAGAGCCGCCAGAGCCAAAUUGGCCGCUCCAACUAGAUCAUCGCAUGGAAGAUACAACUUGCAAACGGUCGCAAGACCAACCGACUCUAAAGCAAUGGCUUUGUACACCGGUGCUCCCCGUGAGCAGUCCGGCACUACUGUCACCACGUCUAUUUUGUCUAAGAAGAGGGCUAAAAAGAUCGAGAGAAACGCAAGAUACAUUGCUCAAAGAAAGGCCCAACUAGAGGCUUCGCGUGCAGCCGAGAGUGGGAUGGAGAUGGACGUGCAAACCAUCGCUAAGAGAGAAAAGGAGGUCAAACCUGAGACGAACUUGGAUAAGGUCAAGAAGGUUCUCUAUAGAGCCAUCGAAGAGGCUGCUAAGGAGAAGAGUUUGGGAGUUGCUGGCGAGGGAACCACACUUGGUGUUCAAGCCUUCUAA